GAAGGAUUUUGAGACCACCAUAGCCGUUGUCCUUUGAAAUUGUUUUCACAACUUAAAAAUAAUGGAUUAGUGUUUCUAUGUUUGAAUUUCUUUAAUGAAUUUCAUAAACCUGUUAGCAUUUGAAACAGUUUUACACCCCUCAAGAAUAAUGUUCAUCCUAUGGAAAUUGGUACUUUUUAGCUUUUUGGGGCUUCUUAUCUGUGAUAUUAGUGUAGUUAUUGGUGGUGUGUUCAAAUCACCCAACAAGGAUGAUGCGCUGUUCUGGCGCCAGCAUGCCGAAUCCUACCUGAAGCGAGUUCUCCAGUACGAACCACACAGGGUGAAUGGCGCAGGAGUUGCGCGGAAUGUGAUCAUCUUCAUCGGCGAUGGCAUGGGCAUUGCAUCCCUCAGCACCGGGCGCAUUUACAAAGGUCAACUGGCGGGCCGAUCGGGCGAGGAGGAAAACCUAAGCUUCGAUCACUUUGAGAAUACGGGCUUCUCGAAGACGUACAACACAGAUCGGCAGGUGCCGGAUUCGGCAGGCACGGCUACGGCCAUGUUUACCGGGGUGAAGACCAAGUCCGGAUACAUCGGGGUCGACUACUCAGCAACGGUGGACAACGAGCUGGCCACAAGCGUUUCGAAUAUUAUGGAGUGGGCGCAGGCCGUGGGUAAACGUACCGGGAUCGUGACUACGACUACAGUUACACAUGCAACUCCAGCGGCAACGUACGCACAUUCCUCGGACAGAAGUUGGGAGUGUGAGAGUAAAAUUCCGUCGAAUGCGCGAAAUAAAACCAAAGACAUCGCUCGACAGUUGGUGGAGAAUGCUCCUGGAAGUAAGAUGAACGUAAUUUUGGGUGGUGGUCGAUCUCCGUUCGGUGCAUCAAUUCCGGAACAUACGAAGCCGACGUUCACGCUGACUGGAGCCGUUGAUAACACCUGUGUUAGAGAAGAUGGCCGAAACUUGGUGAAGGAUUGGUUAUUAAGCAAGGCUGGGUCGUCAGCGGCUUACGUUUGGAACACGGCCGAGUUGAUGGACGCUGAGGUAGAUGAUUUGGACUACCUCUUGGGACUGUUCGCUGAUAACCACAUGUCAUUCGAACGGGUACGGGAUACGAGUGAAGAAGGAGAACCAUCAUUGGCAGAUAUGACUGAAAAGGCAAUUAGGGUACUGAAGCGAAAGCAUUCGGAGGGAUUUGUGUUGAUGGUUGAAGGUGGAAGAAUCGAUCAUGGCCAUCAUCAGAACCAUGCGCAUUUGGCGCUGCGUGAGGUGGUCGAACUGGAUCGCGCUGUUGAACGGGCAUUGGGGAUGGUUAACUUGGAUGACACCCUUAUUAUGAUCACAGCUGACCAUUCGCACUCGAUGACGUUCAACGGGUAUCCAGAUAGGGGUAAUGACAUUUUAGGGUUUGCGAGCCGUCCGGACAAGGAGCCGUACGAAACGAUAUCGUACGCGAACGGACCGGGGUUUAAAACACAUCGCGUCAACGGUACCUCAGACCAGCUGUCUAACUUAGGCACUUGGAUUCCAGUGGAAACUAUGGAUCGAUCUGCUGUGAAUUACCAUCAUCUAUCAGGGUUUUACCUAAGUGAUGAAACGCAUGGAGGGGAGGAUGUAGCCGUAUUUGCGACCGGCCCCGGAUCAAGCCUUGUUAGGGGAACUUUCGAGCAGAACUACAUUGCCUAUGUGAUGAGUUACGCAGGCUGCAUGGGACCGGCCAAGCGAUUAAACGAAGAGUGUUUACAAAAGGAGCGGCCCUCAUUGGGUGGUGCUAGAUCCAUCAGUAGUGUUUCUCCAAAAUUAUUCAUUUGUAUUAUGUUUUCAUUGUUUUUAAAACUGUUUUGAAAAGUCUAAUAGAAUUUAUUGAAUACUAAACUUUUGAGACAUUGAGACUUGAAAACAUUCUUCACACCCUACGCUUUCUACGAUAAUACAACAAAGCACCCGGUACAGUGGCCUUUAGAACCCUUGUUAGCAUCUUGGUGAAAAAGUUCAUCAUAUUCUUACACAAUUUAUAUACAUUAUUGCAAUUUGUAUUGUAUAACCGUUAGCAAAUCGUUCAGAGGUAUUUUAAAAAUCGGUGGUUUAAACGCCACUUCCAGUAUUCGGAAGACCCCCGGUCGAGUUCUA